AUGGACAUAGUAUAUUAUUUAGUGCCCUUCCCUUUGGACGAGAAUGAAGGCCCCCUUAGGUGUGAGGACUGUUUUUGGGUACCCAAUAAUAGGAAGCAGGGUGUAUAUGAGUCCCGUAAGAAGUUGGAGCAGCACCUGUGGCGCAUCCAUAGAAAAAAACCCAAAUACCAGUGUCGGGUCUGUGGCGAGCAGAGCCAAAUGCUAAGAACAGCACUAAACCAUGCUCGUCAGCACGUGGCUCUCCCUGCAGUGCAUAAAAGAAGAGGAAGACGACGACAGCAGCGAGACAGUAGCAGCGAGGCAAGUGACACUUCCGACGUGCCAACUCCGCCACGUGGAUCGCCAGCGCCUGCCCGUGGAGCCAGACGUCUGCACCAUGAGGAGGAGGUUGACGACCAGGGGGAGGCUGCGGCUGUGGAGGAUCACGAAGUGAUGGGCGACCAAGUGGAGGCUGCUGCGAUUGGGGACCACGUCCGGGACCUGCUGGACUUCACGGAGGAGGUUGCUGACCUGCGUGCUGAGAUGGAGCUUGACAUCGACGCUUCAAGGGCCGUACUGGAGACAUCCGUGGCUGUGGGACCUGCUGCCUCGACACCAGUGCCUAGGCUCCAGGCCGAGCGGCGGGACGAGGUGGACCUCGAUGCGACCCUGGCCCGGCUGACGGCUGCUGCAGCACGUGGGGACGGCGACGCCUGGGACGUGGUCCUGAACGAGAGUCUACGGGUGCGGAGACGUCGCAGACGCAACGCUUCGAUUGUGAGUGUCACUAGCAAUAAUGGGGGGCUCAGAUAG